AUGAAAAUCAGCGAUUCCGAGGCGGUAAGUUAUUCAAAUAAAAAAUAUUCCCAAAAUAAGUUUAUGGUUUUAGAAACGCCUCGGAUCACAGAUAAAUGAGAAAGGUUUCAGUUGGUUGAUGGGAGCUGUGUUUAUUGUCGGCGAAACUGCUGGCGGUGGAAUGAUUGCAUUGCCAUAUGCAGUUACAUCAACUGGAUUAGUUGGGGGAAUUAUAUUGCUCAUGUUAUGCGCAUUGUUCUCGUUGUAUACGGCUUUAGAAUUGAGUUGGACUUGGAAAAUAAUGCAUAAUCAAUGGGAAGAAUAUAGAGAACAGUAAGAUUUUUGAGAAAAAAAAUCAGAACCGAACCAGUUUUUAAAAAUUGUCUGGGCCCGAAAAAAUGGACUUUUUUGAAAAAAUUGGACAAUUUUUCGAGCCCGAUUUUUUUCAUAUGAAAUAAGCUCAGACCAAUUCUUACUAGAAAAAAAAGAAAAUCUUAAAUUUGCAAUUUUCUAGUUGUCGUCAACCUUAUGCAGAGAUUGCAUAUCGUGCAAUCGGUCCAAAAUCUCGUUCACUCAUCGCCACAAUUCUCUGCCUUGCUCAAAUCGGAUUCGCAACAGUCCUAAUUCUACUCGCCGCCAAAAACCUCUCCCUCCUUCUCCAUUUCUUCUUCUCAAUCGACAUCAAUCAAUGUUAUCUCAUCCUAAUUGUUGGUAUUUUUGUGUGGCCCUUGACAAUGCUGAAAAGUCCGAUGCACUUUUGGCAAGUUGCCCUAUUUUCUGCUGGUUCAAGUACGAUUGCUGUGAUUUUGGUUGCAAUCGGAAUGAUUCACGAUUUUCCGACUUGUUCUACUGAUGUUCCACACAAUCCAAUUGAUCUUGCGAAAGCGACAAUGUCUUUUGGCACUUUUGUUUUUGCAUUUGGUGGACACGCAACACUUCCAACUAUUCAACAUGAUAUGAAAAAACCCGCUCAUUUUAUCUACUCAAUUUUCCUCGCUGUUUUUCGUAAGUUCAAAAAAAUGGGAAGAUCGCAAAACAUUUUGAAAGGUUGGCUCAAAUUUUAACGGAAAAUAUGCUGUGGCACAAACUUUCAAUGUUCAUAGUCUUAUGACGUGUCAAAGUUCCCAAGUUCUUCAAAAUACUGUAACUCUGUUUUCCAGAUUCCAAGUUCACCUGUGUUAUUAAAAAUUGUGAACCUUUUUUUUGGAAUCUGAAAUUGUUUUUUUUUCUCAAACUUCCAAAAGAAAUCAGAUUUGACACAGUAUUCUUAAAGAAAUACUGUACUGGAAAUCUCAAUUUCCCAAAGCCUUAUAUUAUCCCAAUUCUUUACAGUCUGCACGAUAUACUACUUAACAAUUGCACUUGGUGGAUAUUUCACAUACGGUAGUACUGUAGGCGAAGCAGUCAUUCCAUCAAUUCAAAUUAUGUGGAUUCAACAAAUUGUGAAUUUGAUGAUCGCAAUUCAUGUCAUAACUACAAUUGUUAUUGUUUUAUCUCCUCCAAUUCAACAAGUUGAACAAUGGCUAAAACUUCCACAUGGUAAGGGAGACACUGAUUGUAAGAUCAAGCGGAAAAUAGAGAGAGCUUAUAGAUUUCGGAGUAAAACGAUUUGUUGUGAGAACACUUAUAUAUUGGUUCGUUUUGUUUAUUGCAUUAUCAAUUCCACAUUUUGGACCACUUCUAGAUUUGGUAAGUUAACUGAAAUCUAAAAUUCAAGAUAAACUUAUAAAAUUCCUUCUAAAUUCCAGUUUGGUGCUUCACUUUUCGUAAUGAUGACUUUGGUGUUCCCACCAAUUUUUUAUUUAUCACUUCGAACUCAAGAAAUCGAUAAUUUCGAAAAACGACCAACGAUCGAAGAAAUCAUCAAAAAAACUCCAAAAUAUAUUCUAUUCAUAAAUGGAAUUGUUCUUGCUUUCGGAAUAAUUGGAGGAAUUCUAGCCACAAUCACAUCACUCAUCAAAUUAUUCGAUGAAAAAAUGGCAGCCCCAUGUUAUAUUCAAUAUUUCAGUGGAAAUGGUUUAGAAUUCAGUGGAAAUAAUGUUGGAGCUGUCAAUUGUUGUGGUUCAAACUUCAAUUUGACAGUUAGCGGAAUUUCACCAAAUGGUUUUUGUUCAAUUAGUGAAAUAUAA